CGUCGGAUGCUUGGGGCAUCAUCAAGUAGCGAAGAGGAAGACGAUUUUGUUGCGAAUGAUAAUGCUUCUGAAAUCGCAUCAGGAGUCGGCGGUCAAUUUCGUACAAUCCAACAAAACCAUUUUAUUAACCAACAACAACAGCAAUAUCCUGGUGGCCUUCGUACAGCUAGUCCGGCAUUUAGAACAGAAUCCCCAGCCUCCUCAGACCAAUCUUCUUUUGCAACAAGUAUUAGAAGAAGUGAAAGCUCAAAUGUUGGGAGAAGAACAACAGGGGGUUCAACUCCACAACCCAAAGGUUCUUUUAGAGCAGGCGGAGUAAGUGCUCUGGGUAGACCUACAACACCUAGAAAGCAAGGAAGUUUUCGUUCAACACAUGGAAGGUCUGUACUUGGUGGGAGAGAGGGUUUUGGUGGUGGAGGUGGCGGGCCUGAUUCAGCUUAUUCUCCAGCAUUCGGACAUCAAAGUUCUCAAGAUUUGUUUACGGAUGAAGAGGAUUUGGGAGAAGGGGAAGAUGAUCCACAUAUUUUAAAUGGAGGUAGUGGAAUGCUUACUAAAGAGGAAGAGGAAAGGCUUAAAGCCGAGGAAGAGGAGGAAGACAGGAAAAGAUGCCUUCAACUUUAUGUAUUUGUAGCUAAAUGUAUAGCUUAUCACUUUAAUGCUAAACAGCCUACGGAUAUGGCUAGAAGAAGGCUAAAAAUAACAAAAUCAGAAUUGUCAAGAAUAAAAGAUCGUUUUAACGGCUUCUUAAAAGGAGAUAUACAAAUUCCAGCAGACGAAGCAUUUACUAAAGCUAUCGAAUCUUAUUUUGAAGUUUUUCUAAAAUCGGAAAGAGUUGCUAAAGUAGUUCAAGCUGGGGGAUUUGCUGCAAAUGAUUUUAGAGAAGUUUUUAGAUGUAAUGUUGAAAGAAGGAUUAGAUCUUUGCCUGAAAUUGAUGGAUUGAGUAAAGAUACAGUUUUGGCUUCUUGGAUGGCCAAAUUUGAUUUAAUAAUGAAAUGUGAUGAUGAUACUGUACAGACUAAACAAAAUAGAGGUAGAUUGAGAGGGGCAAAUCAAGUUAUUGCAGACGUUAUAAUGAGUAAAGAACAACUUUAUGAUAUGUUUCAACAAAUUUUAAAUAAUGCCCUUCAAUUGGAUAAUCCUGAUGAACAGGCUGCGGCUAUUCGAAGGGAGGUAGCAACUAGAGAAGAAACUUUGAGGGAUAUUCCAAGGUUAAAACGGGUAAUGCCUAAAUUCGUCGUAAAAGAUAUGGAUACACUUUUUAUUGACGAAGUUCGCCAGUCUAUUAAUUUGCUCAUCUCAAAUCUAGAGUCUGUGCCUGUAGCACCAAGACAAACUUUGGGGAGGAAAAAGGAAAAGAAUAAAAGUUCUAGGUAA